UCAGUAUUGUUUCAAGCCGGCAGCCUGCACACGUAUUCUCGACACGACGUUUAGUUAAUUCGUCUGUACUCUCGGCUUCGAGACACUAGACCUGUCAUAACAAUCAUGUCUCUAUCAAUGGCAAAGACGAUCGUCACCCCCAAGAAACCAACACCUGCUACGCCACCAGUCACGGACAGCCCAGGCACGUGGCUACAUCCGCGCCUAGAAGAAAUUACCCGGCGACAAGAGGCCACUACAUUCACCGACGGAAACGUCAAGCGCAUCGCCGUUAAUGUCGUCGUGCUUAUAGCAUUGAUCUUUCUGCAUUCUUUUCUGGCGCGAGUAUUGCCAUCUAAGAAAUCAUUCCCCUACGCUGUCUGGAACUAUUCGCGAUACGCGUAUUGGACAGUUCUUGCCAUACCCCUCUUCAACAUCGGCACGAAUCUCCUGCCUCUGUUCAGGCCCAAAGAUGAUCUAUCCGAUAUCCCUCUAACCCCCGGCCAGCGAAGAUUGCUAGGCCUGCCACCGACCUCCGCGCCGCCUACGCCAGGCUCCGCAUACAGCACGCCGCCCCGCUACUCCCGAACUCCUUCAAUCUCUGGAUCUGCGGGUAGCAAGCGCAGCUUCUCCAGCUCCCCUCGCAGCUCUGCCUCCAACUUCGGCAGUUCUAUUGGACUGAAUGGAAAUGGCAAUCUCGCCGGAUUAGCGUCUCCACAGAGCCCCCUACUACAGAAAGCCAUGAACGGCGCGCGCCGCUCUUCGAUAAGCUCCCUAGGAUCUCCUAGCCCUAUGGGCGCCAGCACAGGAUUCUCUUCGUUUUACGGUGGAGUUCCUGAUAGCCCUAGCCCUAGCCCUGCAACCGGGAAGAGAAGUACGGUUGGGUUGAGUAGCAAGUGGCUGUACGAGAGGGGACGAGACCGCAGAAGUUCAUCAAGCAAUGCGUGGUUACAUAGCUAGGGAAAAAGAUAAGCAAUGUAAGGUAUAAUGCGAAAUACCAGCUUUCGCUACACUCGUGAGCCGCGCGCGUGUGAAAAUUAAGUAUAGACGUCAAUAUAGACGAGACUAAUGCGACGCGGGAUGUUACAGCAUAUUGGAGUUUUGUGGACGUAACAGAGGUUUUCCACGGUGG